CACAAAAGAAGCUAUUCCCCGGGUCUUUACGUUGUCUCUUUCCACUGACCUUCCUCUUCUCUUCUUAAACUCUAAAGACAUAAUAUCUCCACCAGCUUCUCAAUAAACAUCACAAGCUUCACAACUCCAAAAACCUAAUUAUUCAAACUUAAAACAAAGAAGAUGAAAUGCAUGGUGAAGAAGCUACUAUGUUGUGGAGCCAAGAGCUUCUCCCAAAGAGCUAGAUUACCGGACGAAGGACGAGUCCGAGUUUAUGUCGGAAACGAUAGAGAUACACAAUGCAAGUUAGAGAUGGAUGCUGAUUUCUUGACACAUCCUUUGUUCGAGGAUCUCCUCCGGUUAUCCGAAGAAGAGUUUGGUCACUCAUACGACGGUGCUUUAAGGAUCGCCUGCGAGAUACAAGUUUUUCUAAACUUGAUCCAUUACCUUAAGUCCACGAGUCAUGCUCCUCAUUAUUAUAUUGAUGCAUCUCAUUAUCUUUAUUGAUAAUACAAUGGUGAUGGUGGGAAUAGAAGAUAGCGUCCUUCUCACCUAUGAGUACUUGAGAUUUCAUAUUAUUCUUUGAAGAUGAUCUCAAAGAUUAUCUCUUCUUAUUCUUUAUUCUUCAACAAAGUAUGGAAGAUGUUCCAUAUUUAUUGUUUACUUCUGAUUUGGGAGUGAAAGCAAAUGUAAUUCAUCUCGAUCUUUAUUGUUUUUCCUUCUUUUUUUGGAAAAUUGAUAAUACAAUUUUAAUGUUAUU